AUGAGCUCGAAAACCAUAAUUCGAAUAUUAUAUUCAUUAAAUGCUAUAUACGGCGUGCACGGCCUGGCCACAAUUUUAGCUGGCCUAUGGUUCUUUGUCAUACAAUAUCAGUUCCUGGAUGUAUCAAAUGUCGAUCAUUAUACAGACUUUGCUGUUUAUUGGGCACAGAUCGUACCGUGGGCGUUCUUUAUCCUUGGCUUGAUUGCAGUGACACUUGGCUUCUCUGGAUUAUUGGCAGUUAACAAACGAAGCGAGAUUGGAAUAAAAAUAUACUGUGUGUUUUUAGUUCUGCUCAUACUUGCCCAGAUUACUGUAUCUACCCUAAUAUUCAUAUAUGUAGACAGUGAUUAUUCUGACGAAUUCAUUCGGAAAACUGUGUAUGAAUCUUUUAACAAAGUAAUGCCGUAUCAGAAAAUCUGGACACCGUUUAAUACAGUGGAAGAAUUAUAUAACUGUUGUGGAGCCAAUUCAUCGAGUGAUUACAAGAACUACACGAAUGAACUACCAUCUUCUUGUUGUAAUUAUGUUACUGGAACACCCUGUACAUCUAUAGUUAACGAAAAAUUAGGCUGUGCUGACGCUGUUUCUUAUUAUACUAAAAUGAUUAGUUCUGUAGUCGCUGGUAGUUCAUUAUUCAUUUGUUUAGUAGAUUUAGUUGAUGUAUAUUUUGCUAUUAAACUAGCAAAUUUGUUUCGUAAGGCCAGUAUAACAAGAUAA